AUGCCACCUUUCGGACAUGAUUUGUCCCACGGUGGGAUCCAGAAAGUGGAAGGCUAUGGCGACGCCGAUGCUUGGGUCUGGCCACAGCCAUCGACAACACAACAUUCCUCCUAUCCGAACGUAUUCGAUCCCUCCAUGUAUACCAACUUCACUGCACAAUUGCAACCUCCCACCUCACGCACAGUACCGCGAAACCAUUUGGCGACCGCUGGACCACCGCCGAGAUCCCAUGGACCGCCCGGCCUCAUCAAAGCGCAACCCGCAUUCAAACCAACAUGGCGAGGAUUCCUCGAUACCACCAAGGACGCAAUGACUGUAGUAGAAGCUGCCUUGCAAGGUCGCCUCAGCCACAUCAGCCGUAGGCCGCAUGACAAGGAGCGUGCGGAGAUGUUGACUUCCGGGACCGUCCUUGUAUAUGAGGAGAAUGCAUCAGAGGAGAAAAAGACCGCCCUUAACCCCUCGUGUGGUACCAAACGGAAGCGCAAAGAAAGUGCUGGCCCCACUGUCACAAGGACAGGAGAGAACGUCAACAACUCCGAUGACGAAUUUGAAACCCCAUCCUUCGAUGCUGCCGAUCCGGACUCGAACAACAAGGUCUACGCCAACUUUGCCCAAAGCCUUACACCUGACCAACAGCGUCGCUUCUGCGGGUCGCUCAUCGACAGCUACGAGUUCAAAGAGGGGGGUCUGAUGAAGAAGACAAUCUCUGUCAAAUACCAGGGAACACAUCACCACGUCAUUUCCUACUAUAGUCUCGAAGACGUGGUCAGUGGAAAGCUCAAGCGACCAUACCAAGACGACGAAGCUUGCAGACAUCCACCCUAG